AACAUUAUAAAACAAUUGGAAUCUAAUACCACUAUUUCUUCUUAUUGAACUCAGUUCAAUGUCCUUACGAGUACAAAGGCGAGGGUGAUUCAUAUUUCGUAUCUAAGGAUAUGUACAAUUCAUUGAUUGCUAAAUGCCGUUGUGGACGUCCUCGUACUGGGGUACACGUUGUUAAAUGUUUACAAAAAGCUAUAAAUGGGCAACAAAAUUUAGAUGAUAACAAACAGCAAAAUACUGAGACAAAAACCGGAGCUAUUGAUGGCAGUAAUUUGAAAGUACCGCCUACUUCAAAUGCUGCCAUAGGUUGGUCAAAUGGUCAAGAAAUGCGUUAUAAAAAAUGGGAACAAUCAAUGAAAUAUAUAUCACCUGUUUUUACUAUGGAAGGUCCACGAAUUACUGCUACUCCUUAUAAUGUUCUUAUAAUUGGUUAAGAUUCUAAUCCAAAC